CGCCCCCCCCCCCUCCCUCCGACCCCCUCUCCUCUGCCCCUCUCCCCGCCCGCGCCCGUGCGAGACCCCGUGUGUGUGUGUGUGUGUGAGCGAUGAUUUCGGGCGUGUUUAUCCACAGCCACAAGGGCGAGGUCCAGCUUUUCCGUCUGUACCGCGCUGACAUCCGGCGCUCCGUAUCGGAUCUCUUCCGGAUCCAUGUUGUGUCCAACCCCGACGUCCGGGCACCGCUGCACACCUUCGGCUCGACCACCUUCUUCCACAUCCGCCAUGAGGACCUCUACCUUGUGGCUGUCUCGAAGCAGAAUGUCAGCGCCACCCUCGUUUUCGAGUUCCUUCACAAGUUUAUCGAAAUCACUUGUGCCUAUUUUGGCAAGCUCAACGAGGAUGUCCUCCACGCCAACUACCCUGUCGUCUAUGAGCUCCUGGACGAGGUCAUGGACUUUGGCUAUCCCCAGACCACCGAGAUUGAUGCCCUCAAGCUGUACAUUGCCCAGGAGACCAUCAACCCGGACAAGCUGAUUCGCGACAGCUCUCGCAUCACCAACAUGGCUACCGGCAAGAUCUCCUGGCGCAAGGAGGGCAUCAAGCACAAGCGCAAUGAGUGCUUCGUUGAUGUCAUCGAGUCUCUCAAUUUGGUCAUCUCCAACAAGGGUACCAUCCUCAAGGCCGAUGUCUCUGGCCAGAUCAUGGUAAAGUCCUUCCUGACCGGUAUGCCCGAGUGCCGACUCGGCCUUAAUGACAAGGUUCUCCUGGAAAAGCCCUCCGAAUCCGGCAAAAAGAGCUCCUCAGCCUCGGUCGAGCUUGACGCCAGCAACUUCCACCAGUGUGUUCGUCUCGGGAGGUUCGCCACCGAUCGUACGAUUAGCUUCGUCCCCCCGGAUGGCGAUUUCGAGCUGAUGCGCUAUCGCACGGUCGAGUCCAUCCAGCUGCCCUUCCGCGUGCAUACCCUGGUCAACGAGGUGGGCAAGACGCGUGUCGACUACAAGAUCGUCAUCCGUGCCACCUUCGGCUCGCGCCUGGCCGCUUCGGACGUGGUUCUCAACAUCCCCACCCCCCCCAACACGGCCAAGGCCGCAUGUCGUGUCAGCCCCGGUGGCGGAAAGGCCCGCUUCAAGGCCGGCGAGAACUGCAUCGUCUGGAAGAUCGGCCGCUUCCAGGGCCAGGCCGAGUACACCUUCACAGCCUCCGCCGACCUGACCGCCACCACCGCCGGCAAGACCGUGUGGUCCCGCCCGCCGGUUGUUGCCAAGUUCCAGGUGCCGCAAUUCGCGGCCUCCGGUCUGCAUGUCCGCUUCUUGCAGGUGAAGGAGCCGCAGCUCCUGUACGAGACCAUCAAGUGGGUCCGGUACAACACUCGCGCCGGUGUUUGCGAGUACCGGAUUUAGGGUGCUCCCCUGCCCUCCCUCCUCUUGGCCUUCCAUCGUCCUUCUUCGCGCUUCGUGGCGCAGGAAGCAUACUUCCCUCCCGUGCACCGCACAGGCAUUGGCAUGCGCCACUGGGGGCCCUGCAUGCCCGCCAGGCGUGCACCUUGCCGCGGUCCUCCUCUCCCUCUCUUUCUCUCCUCCUCCCCCUUUGAUUGGGGCAUCGCCAGUCUAGAUCCCCCCCGACACCACACUCUCCCCUCGCCCCUCCCCCCCGCCCCCCCCUCCUUCGGCACAUGCAUGCUCCCUCUCUUCCCCUGCACGACGAGAGGACGAUAAACCGCCCCCCCCCCCCCUUCUCCGCUCCAUUUCCUUCCUCGCACCCCACUGAAGCACAUGCACAAACUCGG